AUGUUUCCCGCGGCCCGAGCCGGUGUCCAGGGUGCUUCCAAGGUGGAGCCUGAGUCCCACGCCGUCUCCGGCUGGCAAGCCACUUCUAAUGAGGCCGCCGCAGCCACUCGUAGGGAGACCCAGAUGGGCUUCAUCGCCUCCGUCAAGCAGCACCCCAAAGCGCUGUUCUGGUCUUUUGCCGUGUCGCUCGUCGUCAUCAUGGACGGCUAUGACACCGCCCUCAUCGGCACCCUUCAGGGCUUCCCGGCCUUCAAACACCGCUUCGGUUACGUCGGAAAGAGCAACGAUUACCAGGUCCCUCCCAGAUGGCAGACGGCGAUUGGAAUGGCCAGCCCCGUUGGUAACAUCUUCGGCAUCUUUAUCAACAGUCUGGUGACGGAGCGUGUCGGCCACAAGAAGAUGCUGCUGCUCUCUCUCGUGAUCCUUACCGGCUUCAUUUUCAUCCAGUUCUUUGCCAAGAACAUUCAGCAGAUAUUCGCAGGUGAGAUUCUUUGCGGCCUGCCCUGGGGCGUCUUCACGACAUUGGCUCCGGCGUAUGCCUCUGAGGUGGCGCCUGCUUCGCUUCGAGCCUAUUUAGAAACUUAUGUCGUUCUCUGCUGGGGUAUUGGCCAGCUAAUCUCUUACGCCGUGUUGGAUAGCUUGGAUUCUAGUCUUAGCCAGUGGGCUUGGCGGAUUCCCUUCGGGGUGCAAUGGGUGUUCCCUGUCGUUAUUUUCCCCCUCGCUAUCUUUUGCCCUGAAUCCCCUUGGUGGCUAGUACGCCGCGGUCGCAUCGCUGAUGCUGAGAAGUCCGUCAAACGGCUCACUAGCUGGAAAGACGAGCAAGAGGUCCACGAUGCUGUUGCACUUAUGGUCGAGACCACGGAACUGGAGCGCAGUAUGACCGAGGGUGCUACUUAUUUGGACUGUUUCCGCGGGUCAAACCUGUGGCGUACCGAGAUCAGCUGCUGCGCCUGGGUCUCCCAAGUCCUGGUCGGCUUCGCCCUCACCUGGUACCAGGCCUACUUCUUCGAACAGGCUGGUCUAUCGACUUCGAAAUCUUAUAAGUUGACAGUCGGCCAGGGUGGCCUCAACGUCUUUUGCACUCUUCUUUCCUGCUUCGUCACCCACAGAUUCGGCCGCCGCACCAAUUUCAUCGCCGGCUGCCUUAUGAUGGCCACCGUCAUGUUUAUCAUUGGCUUCCUGUCGAUCCCGACUAAGUCAGCAAACAUUGCUGCCGCCCAAGCGGCCAUGUAUAUGCUCUGGUUCUGUCUGUAUUUGCUUACUAUUGGCCCUACGGUUUUUAUUAUUAUUGGCGAGACCUCUUCGACCCGCCUCCGGUCCCACACCAUCGCACUUGCGCGAAACGCGUAUAAUGUCUUCGGCAUCCUGAGCUCCGCGACCGCGCCUAUCAUCCUUAACCCCGAUGCAGAUAACUGGAAGGGUAAAUCCGGGUUUCUUGCGGGAGGCUUGGGUCUCAUCUGCGCUCUGUGGGGCUUUUUCCGUCUUCCCGACUGCAAGGGCCGGACCUACGAGGAGCUUGACAUUAUGUUCUCCAAGAACCUGAAGGCGUCGCAGUUUAAGAGCUACCAAAUCGACCGGCAGCAGUUCAUCUCGGAGAAGCUCGCGGAGGUAGAGGUCGAGCAUGUGGAAUGA